GAUUUCAAGGUCAUAAAAACCACGUCGAAAACUGAUCCGUGUCUCUCAAUAUCUUCUCCUGUGCUGUCACGAACUGAGGUGCCCAGCAGUCGGCUUGCUCCGAGUCGGCGAGUCGCUUAUGCAGGAACCGGGUGCCGAAAUCCGACCCGUGCACGUUUUCCAAUUUCGUCGUUCUUUGACGUUGCUUUGAUGCGACAGCAAGCACGCGCUUCCGAGUACCGAAAUUCCCAGGUCUCGACCCGACUGUGAGGUCGCAAUAUCGAAAUUCGAGUCAUCAGCCCGCUGCCCACAGAUCCAAAUCCCACCCAUCAUCAGCAAGCUGUGUUGCCAGCGGCAGGAUGGCGCUCCAUAGCCCGAGACUGGCUGGCGGGCCGACUCUGCUCGGCAUGCCCCUCAAACAGGCAUCACUGAUCACGUUGACAUUUCAGAACUCGGCCCUCAUUCUAAUUAUGCACUACUCUCGAAUCAUGACCCCUCCGGGAGACCAUCGCUAUUUCGCAUCGACCGCCGUGUUGUUAAACGAGAUUCUGAAGCUUGCCAUCUCCCUCACCUUUGCCAUAUACGAGUCUUCGAGAAGCCUGGCGCCCCAGACGCCGGUCACGGUACUGUUGGAGCAGAUCUACAACUCUGUGUUCUCGGGGGACAGCUGGAAAUUGGCAAUCCCGGCGGUUCUAUACACAUUGGAAAACACGCUGCAGUACGUGGCGCUGAGCAAUCUGGACGCAGUACAUUUCCAGCUUCUUUACCAGUUGAAGAUCAUUACCACCGCGUUCUUCAUGGUUGUUCUGCUUGGUCGCACGCUCGGGAUCAGGCGCUGGACGUCUCUCGUUGGGCUCACCAUCGGCGUCUGGAUCGUCUCUCUCCCCCUGUCCGGCGACAAGAGACUGUCACUGGAUAUCCAUGACUUUUCCGACCACUUCUUCCCGCGGUCCGUACACGAGCUGGGCCAGAUCGCUGGUGGCAUGGCAGAGGCGGCUCGCGAGUUGACGAAGCGAGCCGUCAGCGGCCUCGCUGGGGAGCUGACGAAGCGGUCAGCGACAUAUCAGGGCAUUGUGGAGGAUCAAGACACGGCACCAAAAAUGAACUACUCGAUUGGCCUUGCCGCUGUCCUGGUCGCGGCAGUCCUCUCUGGGCUGACAGGGGUUUACUUUGAGAAGCUGCUCAAGGACUCAACGUCCUCCGCUUCGGUCUGGAUAAGGAACAUCCAGCUCUCCUUCUAUUCGCUGUUUCCGGCGCUCAUCAUUGGCGUUAUUGCCACUGAUGGAAAGGAAAUUGCAAAGCACGGUUUCUUCGACGGAUACAACAGCAUAGUGUGGACAGCCAUUGUCUUCCAAGCCAUUGGCGGGGUUCUCAGCUCCCUGUGCAUCAACUACGCUGACAACAUCGCCAAGAACUUUGCGACAAGCAUCAGUAUCAUCAUCAGCUUUGUGUUCAGCGUGUUCUUUUUCCAAUUGAAGGUUACAGCCUCGUUCGUCCUUGGCACCGUUCUCAUUCUCGGUUCGACAUACUUGUACAGCCUACCGGAACGGAGGCGUGCUCGGCCUCCACCGAUCCACAUUGCUAGCUACGAGAAGACCACGAUUGAAGGAACCCCGCGGUACGUUGACCAGAAUAAGCUGAGCGUCAACCCCCUGGAUUCCGCUCGCGCGGGGCUCUCCUCUUCCAGGCCAGCUUCUCCGCUCCUAUUCCACGGCCGGGCGCCAUCCACGAGAGGGAAAAAGGCGGAAGACUGAGAUUUCUGCUUCGUUGCGGAUUACGAUGUGUAAUGAGAACUGCAUUAUGGCGGGGAAGAUGGGCAUGGGUUAAGGGCAUGGCGACGGGGAGAAGUUUAGCGGCGAACUCAUACAUGGCGGUUUGGAGCAUAGCAGCCCCCGGUUCCGGGGUUGGCAAGGAAGGGCUGAAAGGGAGACGGCUGCGCAAGCACAUCUGGUUGGUUUGGGAUAGAUGGCCGAGCAGGCACCAUAGCCCUUACAUCUUGUACAUACAUACAUAUACGCUUACGAAGUAUUCAUGACGAUCAUUGC